CCCAAGUCUCAGGUGUGACCCUGGCCAGUCCUAUCCAGCUCUGGGUGUUCAGCUCGAUUCACCCUUUUCUGUCCAGCCUUGAAUGCUGGGGCUUCUGUUGUACUGAGAGCCAAGACUUUGCAUAGGCCCAGCAUUUGGAGGGAGUCAAGAGUCCUCAACGCCUAGAUUUCAACUGAGAAGCCUUGGGACUGAGAGCUGAGUGAUUCGGAUAAAACCAGCAUUUGGAGGUGACCCCGGACAGGUUCUCAACAUCUGAAUUGUGGAAAAGAGACAUUUGAAGCCCUCCCAGAGUCUGUACAGGCUCUGCAAUUGAUUCAGGACAGUGUGACCACCUCGCUUUCCAAGUCCACCACCUCAUCCACACCUCAUCUUCUAGCCAGGAGACAAGGUGUGGAUCAAGAGACCCUGAGCUGAGAUACCUGGACGCCGCUGGAAGGGACCACACCUCAUCAUCCUGAUCAUCUCCACGGCUGUCACGGCAGAUAACAUCCAGUGUCCACACCUGGAUACAUCGCUCUCAGGUCAAGCGUGACACUGGGAACAACGACCCAGCUAAAGAAAAGUGGACUGUCAUCAAGACCUGUGAAGAUCCACAAAAGACAAGAGAGACAUGGGUUUUAACUUAAUGGUGUUGUUUUGUCUGGCUAUAUCUCCUUCUGUUCUUUCCUGGAACCCAAGUUGGAAGCGCCCACCUCCCCGGGUUCCUAUACCAACCAAACCAACCCCUAGGGCAUGGAAGUUCCAUGUAAUUGCUUUGGAAAACCGCAACAAGACCAUAGCCUCUACCUUCUGUCCAGUCACAGGAUGUGCAAGUACUAUCAGCCUCACCUUUGAUAUAAGGGACACCUGCCAAGGGAAAUGUAUAAACGACUUCUACAAUGCUAUGACCUCUCCCAUAUAUGUCUGCUUUGUAUAUGAGCAGACUCGCUCAGACUGUCAGGACCCAAAUUACGGAGGAUGUCCACACUGGGGCUGCAAAUAUCAUAGUACCUGGCCCAGAUGGGGCGGAGAAAACCCUUCCAGACUCAACUCAGUUGAUUGGCAUACGAAGGUCACCUACUCCAUCCCUGACCCCUGGAAUGACAGAUGGAGGAGAGGGGUCGUGGGUUUUGUCUAUAGACAUAAUGAGAAGGAUACAGCUUAUGAUGGGAGAACUAAGAUACUCAUCUUUAGAGCUUUAGCCAAGUUCACGCCUUAAAAUUUCAUUAUUUGAAUGCCAUAACCAAACCUAGCUACUGUACCUGCCCUGGCCCUGUAGCUGGGGCUCACCGACUGACAUCACUUCUUGCCACAACCACCUUUCUCUCUCCUUCCACUAACCCAACCCCUCUGGCCUCCUUUAAAUCCCUAGUGGCCAUGUUAACACCAUAUACUUGCUCAUGAAUGUAACUUACCCAAAUGUUAUGUCUAAUUGCUGGCUCUGUAUCCCCCAAAACCCCACAACUAUGUAGGACUCACUAUCUAUCAGAGCCCCAUUUCACCCACUCCCUUUGCUAACUGUCCAUGGUUGUCUUUCCACUUGACCAUCGAAUUUAUUAACCUAGACCAAAUUCAAGGUGAGCGGGACCGGUUUUACUCAAAGAGCUAUAAUAUGUCCAAAUCCCCCUUUGAGAAUAAAUGCAGAUUCACCGUAAAUAUUUCUCAGCUCCUAGCAGCCACAUUGCCAGUGUUCCUUCCUUCACCGCCUGGCAGAAACUGUUUAGCUGUUUUGGACUGAUGGAUUAUACCCAUGUUUGUCUAUCUGGCAUAUGUAGCAAGCCCCCAAACUCUGUAUCUUGGUAUCCCUGUUCGUCCAGUGUAUAUUUAGGAUGGUCCAGCAGGGAGAGAGCACUUAUAUUCACAGAGUCUUCCAGUCCCCGGGUGCAGGAAAAACAACUUGCAAUUCCCCUCCUCAUCCCUCUCAAUAAAGCUUAGGCUCAGCUACAGUAGAAGCUGCAUUUGGUGCCACAGGAACAGCGAAGGCUGGCAUUGACCUAAAAAACAUAGGAUGUCAAAUAACCUAAGAUCUAUCCUUAUUAGAAAAAUAUCUAUCGCCAAGCUAGAAAAACAGCUGAGGUGUUUCUACAGCAUAGAGCAAGGAGGUUAUUGUAUGGCUGUAGGGGAGAAAUGUUGUUCCUAUACAAACCAUUUGGGAAUUAUUAGAGAUAAAUUGGCUGUGCUCCAGAAAAACCUUGCUAAAAGGGAGAAGGCCCUAAACCAGGGAGACAAAUGAUUCCCGUUCUCAUUCUUAGGUUUCUCCUUAGGAACCCUGCUAACAGCUGUUAUAGGGUCCUCAGCUCCAUGCUCCUGAUGAAGCCAGUCAGCCCCUGCAACAUCAGUGUCUGAGCCAGAUACAUAAACUCACACUUGGGUGCCACUAUACUAAUGGCUUUUAGGUCCCAGUAUGAACAGGUGCCCACCACAGAGUCAAGGCUUUGACCUAGGACACACCUCAUAGGGAGAAGUGAUGAUCUACAUUGUGUGUAAAACUCAGAACCUGCCGGGCACCUGCUCCAGUCUGUAAACUUUGUAAACUGUGUCCUGCCAGCUAGCUGUCCAAGAUGAAUGACUUCUUGGAAUAUUUGGGCUAGUCUUAAAAACUGCCUUGCCUCGUUUUGUCAAAAUGUUUAACUGCCUCUACUUUUCUUACAAGAUAACAAGUCACGAGAUAAAUGGCUGCUUCUGCUUCUGUAUAAAAUGCUUGCUCGCUCAAGCUGAGGCAUCUGCAGGACGUCUGUUACAAAAGCUAAGCUCUGCCUGCAUGUAGGCAGGAUAUGUGUUAACUCGACCCCAAAACUGUAACCUUGUGGUUUUUGCCUUUAUAAACCCUACAUUAACAACUGCUGGGGGCACACUUUGAGAGUCUGGAAUCUUGGGUGUAACCCUGGCCAGUGACUAAUAAAGCCUC